AUGGACUUUGAUCCAGCUAUUAUGCUCAUGCCAGGCAACAACUCCGGGCUGUCCGGCAACCAGGGCUGGUUCUAUAAUAACGACAUGAUGGAAAAGUUCGACUACUCACUCGAUACUCUGGACAUGUCCUCAAGCCCAUCCCACGGUCUCACUUCAAACAAUCCCAUUAUUAAGAAAGAGAUUAUCUUCGAGCCCUAUGUCCCAACAUCCGCCAUGACACCCCCUUCCUCAACGUCAACACCCAGCCCUCAGAUGUCACUUGCGAAGCCUUCGCGGACGAGAUCAUCUUCCAAGAAAGACAAGACAACCCCAAAGAAGACGCGUGUUCCAAAGGGCGGGACUGCCUCUGACGAUGAUCUGCCCGAGGACAAAUCUUUAAGACGGCGCGAGCAGAACCGCAUCGCACAGCGCACAUUCCGCGAACGGAAAGACCGAUACAUCCAAAACCUCGAGUCGCACAUCAAAGACCUCAACGCCAAACACCAAUCGCUAGAAGCCAACUACAAAAAAUCCACCGACCACGUCAGCGCGCUCUACACACAGCUAGUCGAGCUGCAAUCGGAGCUGGAAGCCUGGCGAUCCUUUGCGCACACCACCUCGGCGGGACCCUCUACGCCGUCUUCAAGCAGUAUGCAAAGUCCGGUAAUUCCAGUCGCGUCGCAUGACGAGACGGAGAUAAUGCAGGCUUUACAGAUUCAUCCGUUUUACCAUCCCCCGCCAAGGUCAGCCUUUGGACCAAUUUCGUCAUAG